GGAAAAAGAACAAGAAAUUUUUCUGCGAUCGAUGCUUGCACUACUUCAGUACGAACGAAAAAUUGUAGUCGCAUGUAAUGGACUGCGAGAAGAUCAACGACUCCGCUGCCGAGCGUGGACGACAAAUGGCUUGAAUUUGAGAACCACUGCAAUAAACAGCCCACCUCAUUCAUCGUCGCUGACUUAGAGUGCGUUCUACGGAAGAUGGAACUUGACAGGGAAAAUGCGUCGUCGUACACGUAUCAACGGCACGAGGUAUUUAGUAUAGGAUACUACGUAUGAUGUUCGUACAACGACGCUUUAUCGUCAUAUCGGUUCUAUCGCGAUGAAGACUGUAUAGCGUGGUUCGCGCGACAACUCAACGAUUUGGCGCAUCGAAAAAUAUCGUACCCAUGGAAACGUUGUCGAAAGAACAAUUGGAGGCGAUGCGUUGUCAUAUUUGCGAGAAACGCCGGACGAUACACGGGUCUGCGAUCAUUGUCACCGGUAGAUUCCGUGGUCCAGCGCAUGCAAAUUGCAAUCUUAAUUAUAAAAAUUCGUUUUAUAUUCCGAUAAUUUUUCACAAUUUAUCGGGCUACGACGCGCACUUUAUAAUUAAAGAAAUUGCCUACCGCGUACGAAGGAUAUGUAGAUGUGUUACCGAUAACCAAUGAAAAAUAUAUUUGGUUCACUAAACAUGUUCAAGAUACCGAGAGAGCAGACUCGCGAAAAUGCAUAAAAUUACGAUUCAUCAAUUCUUUCAAAUUUCUAAAUGCAAGCCUUGAUAAAUUGGCGUCGUUUCUAAGCAGAGACAAAUUAAAAAUCGUAUGUUCCAAAUUUUCAACACUAUCGGAUGAAGAAUUUGAAUUACUGACUUGUAAAGGUGUCUUUCCGUACGAGUACGUUGACUGCGUCGAAAAAUUGCAGGACACGCGCUUACCACCGCGCGAAUCAUUUUACAGUUCAUUAACGGGCGAUACAUAUCCGAGAGCGAUUACGCUCACACCGCAAACAUUUGGAAGCGAUUCUCCAUUCAAACGCUCGGCGAGUACAGUGAUUUGUACUUGAAAACCGAUGUCUUGUUAUUGGCCGACAAUUUCGAAAAUUUCCGCGAAAGUUGUAUCACGAGUUACGGUCUCGAUCCCGCGCAUUACUAUACAUUACCUGGUUUCACGUGGGACGCUAAAACAUACGCAUAUAAGAUUUUACUCACCGACAUCGAUAUGAUCAUGUUCAUCGAGUGCGGUAUACGCGGCGGUCUCAGUCAAUGUUCAAGCAGAUACGCGCAGGCUAAUAGCAAGUACAUGCGUUCGUACGAUUCAUCGAAACCGUCGUCGUACUUGAUGUACUACGAUAUUAACAAUUUAUGUGUCAACCAUUGCCCUCCCAUAUGCCGAAUUUCGAUCAAAGGCGCUGCGAACUUUGACGUGAGCGCGAUUGCUCUGGAUUCACCCAUCGAUUACAUUCUCGAAGUCGAUCUCGAGUAUUCACAACAUCUACACGAUCAACACACUGACCUGCCGUUUUGCCCGACACGCGAUAAGCCGCCCGGCAAGCGCGACGCUAAACUUUUAGCGACGCUGUACGAUAAACAGCGUUGCGUCAUCCAUUACUGCAACCUGUAGCAAUGUACUCGUCGGUCUUCGCGUAACAAAGAUUCAUCGACUACAAUUCGCGCAAUCUCCAUAGCUUCGAGAUUAUAUUGAAUUCAAUAUAAGUUUCAGAACUCGCGCUAAAAAUGAUUUCGAGAAAAAUUUAUAUAAAUUAAUGAACAACGCGGUAUUCGGUAAAACUAUGGAGAAUGUGUGCAACCACGUUGACGUAAAAUUAUUAACAAAAAUGGGACGGAUAGUACGGCGCGGAGGCAAUGAUCGCGAAAUCGAAUUUCCACAGACGUAGCGUCUUUGCGGAAAAUUUUACUGCCGUCGAACUGCGCAAACUCGAGGUGAAGUUCAACAAGCCGAUUUAGGUGGGUAUGUGUAUACUCGACAUAUCGAAAGUCUGCUUGUACGAAUUUCAUCACGAGUAUAUGUUACCAUUGUUUCGCGACAAAUGUAAAAUUAUGUACACGGACAGUCUUGUUUACAGCGUCGAGUGCGAGGACGUUUACAAGACUAUGAAACGCGAUAUCGCUAGAUUCGACACGAGCGAUUAUCCGGUGGACAACGCGUACGGUAUGCCUCUCGCGAAC